UUUAUGCAAGAAUUGGUUGAAGAACAGCGGAAUAAGAAAGGAUUGGGAAGAGAAGAACAGAUUUCUCUGCUUCAUCGGCUUCUUGAAUUGCAGAUCUCUGAACCCGAAUAUUAUACCGAUCAGAUCAUCAAAGGGAUCGUUCUGGUUCUGUUGCGUGCGGGAGUGGACACAUCAUCUGUAACUUUAGAUUGGGCCAUGACUCAACUACUCAACCAUCUGGAUAUAUUAGCCAAAGCCAAGGCUGAGAUAGACACUAAGAUUGGUCAAGACCGACCGCUUGAAGAAGCAGAUCUCUCCAACCUCAACUACCUUCAAGCCAUUAUUUCCGAGACCUUUCGAUUGCACCCCCCAGCACCAAUGCUCCUCACACAUUAUUCCUCCGACGAUUGUACCAUCGCAGGCUACAACAUUCCACGUGGAACGACGUUGUUGGUCAAUGCUUGGGCAAUUCACAUAGAUCCGAAGUUGUGGGACGACCCAACCAGCUUCCGACCCGAGAGAUUCUUGGGGGUAGUGAAUGGAUUGCAGUCGAAUAAAAUCAUUCCUUUUGGAAUUGGAAGGAGGGCUUGUCCUGGGGAAACUAUGGCUUUACGUUUCAUAGGAUUGACUUUGGGAUUAUUGAUUCAAUGUUACGAGUGGAAAACGGCUGGAGGAUAUAAAAAUGUUGACAUGACUGAAGGUGGAGGUAUCACCCUUCAUAAAGUGAAGCCUUUAGAAACCAUGUGUAAAGCUCGCCCGAUUAUGGAUAAGAUUCUAUCAAAUGGUUUGGACUAAAUUUUACCAAGGUUUGGUUACAACCCUUCCUCUUGUUGCAUGCAACUAUUGAACAAAAUAAUGCGAUUCCUACUCUAUCACUCUUAUUCCUUUA